AGUGGAGAGUUGGGGAAGCUUCUGCGGAUUUCCUUUGUGGUUGACUGCCGCGGAUUUCUCACCGGAAACAGCCUCGCGGACAGGAAGCUGCGAGGCCCACGUGGAGCUGGGGCCUGGCGAGGUAGCGACUACAUCAUAGAGCAGCAGCAUCAUCAUCAUCAGCGUGAUCGUCACCAGCAGGGCACCGUGAUGUCGUGGGACUGCCCGCUGGACCCAGCUCUCGUCGGGACGUUCCCUCGGCCGCCGAUCCGCCUCAAGAUUUCCUUUGAGUACGCGCCGCCCGAGGCCGCGGGCGAGAGGCUGUGCUGGCUGGCGCUGGAGCCGGGACGCUGCCGCGUGGUGGCCGACCUCGCGUGCCUCAUCCGCCAGCGCUUCGGGCUCGGCGGGCGCGUGGGGCUGUCGCUGUUCGUGCAGGGCUGCCUGCUGCCGCCCGCCGAGCACGUGGGUCUCGUGCGCGACGGAGACACGGUCCAUGUGCGGCAGACCGAACUUCUGGACUUGUGCCCAUCUAGUGGUGAGAGCCAAUCGCUGCCAUCUUGCAAGAAAAGGAAGAGCUGCCACGGUGAAGGUGACAGCGAUGGAAGCGGCUCUGUCCACAACAAUGUCAGGAAGCGUAAACAGAGAAAGAAACAGGAAACGGAGUUUCCCACGGACCAAGGGGACCCACAAGAAAACCACGUGACUUCAAUCACACCAGCAAAAAAGAGAAAGAAGAAGAAAGCUGAAGAAGUUAAUGAUGAUGAUGAUACAGUCAAUGCCAGAAAGGCAUUCGAGACAAGUAAAGUCAAAGCGAAAUUGGAUAAAUUGAAGAAAGGCCACGGGAAAGCUGUGAGUUCCAGCAGUGAGAAGGAUGAGCAUGAAGAUGGUUCUGAGCACGAGAAUUCAAUGACGAAGGUUCGCCGGAAAAAUAAAGUUUCCCGGAAAUCUGAAACCAGAGUGCAGGCAAAUGAUCAAAAGGAGAAAAGGAAAGCAUUUGAUUCCCAACAAAACGGUUCUGCUUUGUUUACAAAGGAAAGAAAACGGACUUCCUCAAAAUCUGCAGCACGCACAAAAUCCAAGGUUGCAGUAAGAGUGAGCAAGCACAAGUCGGACACCAGCUUGUCUUUGAGCUCAGGUGAUGAUGGCGACGAUGGUGUCCAAAGUGAUAAAUCAGGCAGUGGAUCUAAAGCCGCAAAAAAUAAAACGGUAGAUGCUGGACGUGCAAGACAAGGCAAAGCGAAACGAAAGGUCAACGACGGUGGGACGCAUGCAACUGUGCAGAUUCCCCCUCAACAACGGGAGCCCGGGAAACCAGUGGAAGAAACUGACUCCAGCUCCGACAGUGAUGACAAUGACAAGGGAAAUGAACGAAACAGUCGUGCCGACAAUGCGGUUCGCCCACAUUCGGCAGCAAAAUCUGCAGCAGCUCCUUCGGCCGUCGCCAAGAGCAGCAUUGCAGAGAAGCCCUCGAAGGGGGACGGCUCGGCCGAAUCGGACAGCAGCAGCAGUGACGAUUCGUCGAGUGGAAAGGAAGCUGAACCCGCAGUGGGGCCGACGCCCGUGAAUGUGUCGGGGAGGAGAGAGAGGAAGAACACGCAGGGCGGAAAUUCACCCUAUGAAGUAGAGGAUGAUGCCCAGGGAGCCACGUCUGGACUCGGAAGGGGUCAGAGGAAGUGGAAUGGAGCAGGGAACCGUGGAAUUGGAAGGAGUCAUGGACCGUUUCCUGGCACUCCGUACCCGAGCCGGUAUGAAGAUGGGACAUCUGGGGCGCCCAACGAUGAGCCUCUCCGCGGGCGAGGGAGAGGCUGGAGGGGGAGUCGGGGCCGAGGGGCAGUGGGGGAGAGUGCUGCUCAGAGCCGCAGUCACUUGCGUUUCGACGAGUUUUCCCCAGAGCCGGAAGUGUUGCCCAGCGAGGAGCUGAGCAGAGAGAGUGGAGCUGGAGACACCUACACCAACGCCUCCACCGUCGUGCAGAAUGCCGUGGAGGUGGUCAAGAGGAAUUACUCUGCACUUCCUACCUUGGAUGGACCUCCACGGGCAGGGGACCACAUCGCUUUCAAGAUGUUGGAAAUGAAUGAGAAUUACUCCCCGGAAGUCUCUGACUACAAAGAGGGAGAGGUGCUGAGGUUCGACCCCAUCUCCCGCGAAUUGGAGAUUAUGGUCAAGUCGGACCCAUCGACAGGCAAGCGGAUGGGUGGAAAAUUCGAGUUGGUGUAUGAGAGCGAUGCCGAGGGCAACUCUCCAAGGGCGGAGGAUGCACCCUGCCUCAUGCAGGAAACAAGAAUUACCAUUAAGUGGACGUCGCUGAUUGAUCCCAGGCUGAUCGUGGAGAUUGUGCCGCCCCCCUCCGUGGCCCUCCCCUCAUCAUCUCCACAGCUGUGACCGGCCAAGGAGUUGGCCAGAGGUAGCCGGAGCUCUGUGCGGCCUGGUAGUCCCCGAGAGGUCCUGCCUCCACCUCCCCCAUGCUGGCGAGAUGUAACUACCUCGCCUGGUAAAUAGGAGAUCGUGGCUUCCAUCCCGACCCUGUGACGCCUGCUGUUUAUUUGGAGU